AUGUCUUGGCGGGAGAUCUCGCUGGACGGGACGGGAUGUUUGGUCGUGGAGACACCACCUGUCGACAGAUGUGAGGCAGUCAGUGAAAGCCAGCACACCCUUCCACAGCAGCACAUCUCCCACCUUCGCAACCACGUUGAAGCCUUCGCUCAAUUCGCCCACCUGCCCAGCAUGGUUGUCCUCACGGCCGCUAUUACCACGCGCUCGGGGAAGCCCAUCCUCGCUCGUCAGUUCCGCCAGAUGCAGCGAUCGCGAGUAGAGGCAUUGCUGGCUUCCUUCCCCAAACUGGCCGACACGGCCUCGCAGCACACCACCGUCGAGCAGGACAAUGUGCGCUUCGUGUACCAGCCAUUGGACGAGCUUUACAUGGUCCUAAUCACCAACCGCCAAUCGAACAUUCUACAAGACAUCUCCACCCUCCACCUAUUCGCCCAGGUCGUGGGCUCAAUAUGCAAGAGCAUGGAUGAGCGUGAGAUUACUCGUAAUGCUUACGAGCUCCUCUCCGCUUUCGACGAGGUCGUAACCCAGGGAUAUCGGGAAAACCUCACGCUGAGCCAAAUCAAGACUUUCUUGGACAUGGAGUCGCAUGAAGAGCGCAUUCAGGAGAUUAUUUCACGCAACAAGGAGCUUGAAGCGUCUGAGGAGCGGAAACGCAAGGCGAAGCAGCUCGAAAUGCAGCGCAAGGAGAUCUCUCGUGCGGCGCGAACGGGCAGUGGUGGAAUGGGUGGCAUGUCAAGACAGCCCACAUAUCCGAUGUAUACAGCACCGACCCCUGCUGCGCCUAGUAUGACGGAAUCAUACGACUCCUACAACGCUGCGAAGAACCCAUCAUUCAACAAGCCGCUGGCAUCAAGAGGGAAGGGUAUGCAGUUGGGGAAGAAAAAGGCUGGCAACAGCAUGUUCGACCAGGUGCGCAACGAGCUGGGACCAGAGGCUGAAGCGAGUGCUCCAUUGGCUGGUGUACCUGCGCAGGCUGUGGCUCCCGUCCAGCCCUCCAUCCCAGCGACAAGGGGUAGUCUGGACAGGGAAGGCAUUCAUGUUACAGUGGCAGAGUCCAUCUCUGCUCGUCUGUCUCGCGAAGGUGCUGUUGAAGCCUUCGAAGUCAAGGGUGAUCUUCAGCUACGCAUCACGGACGCUAGUCUAACACAAGUCAAGCUCGAUCUUGCAGUUGGCGACAUCAAGGGCGCCCAGCUGAACGCACACCCCAAAGUUGACAAGGCGCAAUUCAAGAACAACAACACGAUCCAACUCACGGAUACCACGAAGGGCUUCCCAGCCAACAACAGCAUCCAGGUCAUGCGAUGGCGGCUUACAGCCAAGCCAGACGAUGUGCAAGAUCCGCCCAUCAAAUUUACUGUGUGGACCUCGGAGGUCUYGACCAACACGUACAGCAUCACAGUCGAGUAUGAGCUCACGGGAUCCGAUCCUCUGAAGGAUGUAACAGUCGUAAUGCCGUAUGAAACAUCGGAACCCACAGUCUCCAGCUUCGACGCAGUCUAUGAAGUCAGCGGAGACAGCCUUGACUGGACGAUUGGCGAUGUCGACGAUAGCAAUCCCAGCGGCAGCUUCGAAUUUGAAGCACAAGCAUCAUCUGAAAGCGAGUUCUUUCCCAUGCAGGUUCGAUUCACAAAGAGCCGGCCUUGGGUAGACAUCGAUGUAGGCAGUGUGAGCCUCUUGAACAUGAACCAGGACGUCGGUUUCAGUAAGGAUAUUCGAUCAGUGGCAGAGAAUUACAUGAUUGUGUAG